CGGAAAGUUAUCAAAAAAAAUAAUAUAUGUGUGAUAAUGAAUGUUUUUUAUUAUAAAGUGGGAAUAUUUAUCAAGAGGAAAUACCAGAUAUUAUUUAAAUAGUUACGAUACAUCUUUAUUGUGACAUUUAUUAAUUAAUCGAGUACAAACUUGUAAUGGAGCAGUACAAAAAAUUAAUAAUUAUUUAUUUAUUGGUAUUGUUUUGUGAAAAUAUUUUGGGAAAAUGUGAUAACAGUUCAACAACGGUCAAUGGAAAUAAAAUAAAAUGUAAAAACGAAUUAAUAUUUGAAGAAAACUUUAAUCGGCUUUCAGUCGAUAAUGAUUAUGCAGAGGAAGAUAAUUACUACUAUUUAAAUUCUUCAGUAUGGAAGAGAGAAAUUAAAAUUCCUUUAGAUCCAGAUUAUGAAUUUUGUGUCUAUCAUAAAUUGGAAAAAGGAUUGAGGGUAGAAGAUGGCUUGUUAAAAAUAAAACCUCAUUUACUUGAAGACUUUUAUGGUGAAAAUAUUACAUACUUUGGAAGACUCCAACUCGCUGAUUGUACAGGAAUAUUACCAGGAGAAUGUAGUCGUAAUGCAAUAGGAUUUCAUAUUCUGCCUCCAGUUUUGUCAAGACGAUUGACAACCCAUGAUAGCUUUUCAUUCCGGUAUGGAAAAAUAGAAAUACGGGCUAAAUUUCCCGAGGGUGAUUGGCUCUAUCCAGAAUUGUGGCUUGCUCCAAAGUACACGACCUAUGGAAUUGGAUAUGCAAGCGGGCGUGUUAUUUUAGGAAUGGCCCGCGGGAAUGAAGGACUAAUAAAAAACGAUGGUUCUUUAGAAGACUACAGCUCGAGAGUUGUUGAAUUUGGGUUGCGAACAGGUCCACUUGGAGCGUCGGGGAAUAUUACCGAAGAAAAAGUAACAAAGAGACAUGACUCAGGAUCUUGGACUCGCGAUUUUCAUGUCUACACAACUAUUUGGAAUUCCACAGGAUUUAUUUUUAAAAUCGACGGGGAGGUUGUUGGUCAACUAAGAGGAGGUUCCAGACAAGCUGAAGACCAAAAUCGCAUGGCACCCUACGAUUUAGAAUUUUACUUGAUGCUAGGUGUAGGAGUAGGUGGAGUGAGAGUCUUUCCAGACGGUACACGCACCGGUAAUUAUGAGAAGCCUUGGAAAAACAACGGCGCCAAGGCAGUGCUCCGUUUUUGGCAAGCCAAGGAUCAGUGGCUGCCGAGCUGGAAGCGCGAAAACGCCAGGAAAACAGCUCUCGAGGUCGACUACAUUAAAGUUUGGUCAGUGUGAGUAAAUGAGCGAGCCUCUUUCUCUUUCUUGACAUCAAAGACAACAAUGAUGCUGCAUCUGCACAAGUGAGAUGAACAGACGUCUUAAUCUUACUGAUUUUUUUCAAUUUGCACGCCUCCUUCGUUUAUUGGUAUUAGUAAAAAGGUGUCUGGCUAUACGAUAUACAUCUAUAUUGUAUAUUACUUUAUUUGGGUGUUAAUUUAGUGACGGAAAACCGGUUGUUCCCAAGGUGGUGGUUCCGUUAUGAUUUAUCGUUUUGCGAGGGUCAAACCCAAUCUCGAGUUUCAUUAGUUGCCAAAUAUUCUCACGAGAAGAGUGAAUCUCCAAUACUAAAUUUAUAACUAUAUAUUUCAUUAAUAGUUUUUAAAAAUAUUUUUUUUUAAAUUUAAUCUAAAAUGACAAUAAAAUAUUAUUAUAAAU